UGACGGUGAGCCUCGAUACUACCUCCUGGUUCAGACAGACUGGCUACACGGAGCGAGGUUAACUGUUAGCUUUAACUGUCUAGACGGCCGAGAUGAGUUUCCUAGGAGGUUUGUUUGGGCCAGUAUGUGAGAUAGAUGUGCUGCUAAACGAUGCAGAGAAUAGAAAGACAGCCGAGUUGAAGACAGAAGAUGGGAAAGUGGAGAAACACUACCUUUUCUAUGACGGGGAGUCUGUGUCUGGCAAGGUGAAUCUAAAUGUGAAGCAGGGAGGAAAGCGACUUGAGCAUCAGGGCAUCCGCAUCGAGUUUGUUGGACAGAUUGAGCUGUUUUCAGAUAAAAGCAACACCCAUGAGUUUGUGGACUUGGUCAAAGAGUUGGCUCUUCCUGGAGAACUCACCCAGAACAGAAGCUAUGACUUUGAGUUCAUGCAGGUGGAGAAGCCCUACGAGUCCUAUACUGGAGCCAAUGUCAGGCUAAGGUAUUUCCUCAGGGUGACAAUAGUUCGUCGUCUCUCUGACUUAGUGAAGGAAUACGAGUUAAUUGUCCACCAGUUAGCCACCUACCCAGACGUCAACAACUCAAUCAAGAUGGAAGUCGGCAUAGAAGACUGUCUGCACAUCGAGUUUGAAUACAAUAAAUCCAAAUACCACCUUAAGGAUGUGAUUGUUGGGAAGAUCUACUUCCUGCUGGUCAGGAUCAAGAUCCAACACAUGGAGCUACAACUCAUUAAGAAGGAGAUAACAGGCAUUGGUCCCAGUACCACCACUGAGACAGAGACGGUUGCAAAGUAUGAGAUCAUGGACGGAGCUCCAGUUAAAGGAGAAUCAAUCCCCAUCAGACUGUUCCUGGCAGGAUACGACUUGACACCCACCAUGAGGGAUGUCAACAAGAAGUUCUCUGUGCGCUACUUCCUUAAUCUGGUGCUGGUGGAUGAAGAGGACAGAAGAUACUUUAAACAGCAGGAGAUUGUUUUGUGGAGAAAAGCCCCAGAGAAGCUGAGGAAAAGAAACUUCCAUCAGCGCUACGAGUCCCCUGAGCCCCGAACCCAGCCAGUUAAUGCAGAGCAGCCAGAGAUGUGAGGCCGACACUACGAACUGAGAAUCCACACAGACACAACCCAACUCUUCACUGCUGAACAGCCAGAGGUGUGAGCGCUGCCCCACUACCCCCCUGGACUGAGAAAUGUAUACAUGAAUACGCAUUACAUACGGUCAGACAUACCCCCCCCCCCCUUACCAUUUCACAGCUUCAGAUGUGAGCUGUCCUACCACCAUCACUCUCUCCCCAAGAACUGAAACACACCCACUUACAGACGCACAAGUCUGCUGAAUGCUAAAUGUCAAGGCGAGAGUGCAACUGACCCAAGUAAGGAACAGUGAGGUAGCCAAUUUGAUCCUGGCAUCUCAGACUGAAAAUGCACAUUCAAGCACCCACAUGUGAAGCCAUACAGUCUCAGUUUUCAGAGUGCGUAAUAAAACGGGAGAGAAGACGGAAAAGAGGAGAUGGGCGACAAUGGAGACCACCACCACACCUUUAAUCGCUUUCUUCUCCAACAAGAGCUUCUUUCAGUUGCAUCCUGGACAUUCUCUGGCAUCCUCCUUCCCAACCUCCUAAAAAUGAGGGUUUCUCAGAUCUGGAUGGGCCACCGAGUGAUUAAAAGUAUUCAAGUCAUAUGGGGAUCAGUUCGAACGUAAGGCGUGAGAGACUAAGCUAUGAGUUAACACGUGGACUCUGUGUUUAUACGCAGUACCUGAGUUUGAGCUAUGAAGAUGCCACUGUACUCUCAUUCAUCCUUCUAGCUGCUUCUAAGGUUCGGUUAAGUAUGGUGCAACAGUUCACAGACUGCUCUAUUCAUGUAGAAUGUCAACUUCAUUGGAAAAUUUUGGUGCAGCAAAUGUCCAUCUUAACAUAUAUUUAAUCCUAAAUUUCAUCUUCAAAUGUGGCUUGUUUGUAAAAACCAAAGUAUAUUCCACUCUUACCAGUUUCCUGUUCCAGCCCACCAUUCAUUUCAUGCAAGAAAAGGUUGUGGAUGGACAUUAUUAUUUCAGUGUCAUUUCAUGGAAUUAUUUAAGUAACUUAAAAUUAUCUAGAGCUGCAACUAAGCAUUAUUUUCACUAACAAUUCACUGAGUCUGCAAUUCACAAUUUCCUAGUGCCAGAGGUGACAUCUGCAAAUGACUCACAGUCUAACCCUAACCCCCAUCAUACCUUCAGGUUCUCUGCUGAAGAUUUUCAAGCUCAAACAACAUUUCAGUCUCUCGUUAAGAUGAAUAUUUGAUGCAGUUUUCACUGAUGAGGUCGUUCAGUUUACUACAGGAUUGCCUCCAAAUUUCAAGAUGUUCCUCUGGCAUGCUGUAUUUUGUUUGAUCUUUAAGGUGCUGUUUAUUUAUGACUAAUCUUGUAGAAUGGAAACCAUUUAUUGUUUGUCUUUCGAAGUUAUUUUAAGGGUCAGCUCACCUAAAUAGUAGGUAGGUUAUGUGGAUAAUGGGAAUUAAAUUUCAGUACUUUGAGCUCAGCAGAUGAAAUUCAACUGACUGCCAUUCUAUUGGGGUGGAGGAUGAAAUCCAAGAGAGAUAUCUACACGUUAAAUCUGUAUGGAUAAAUUGAAAAUAUGUUUACUUGUCAUUUGGGUGAACUGAACCUUUAAGCUCCCAUAUGCAGGCUGGUGUCAGCUCACUAUCACAUCAGAACAUCAAUCACUGUAAGAAAUAGAUUGUCUUCACUCUCUAAACUGCAAAGGUUAAAAAAGUAGCAGUUUCUAUUUACAUUUUGAAUAAUUCAGUGGAACAAUGAAAUGAUGUUAGCCAUGAUCAGAUCCACUGUUCUUUACACUUUCACAUUAUUUCUCUUAGGGUGCAGCCUUUUUUUUCCUCUUUGUUUUAGCCUGUUGGUUUGGUAUAUUUGAAAUAAUAAUGUAAUAAAUGGCUCAUGUCUGCAGUUGUAAGCACUGGAAGGGAUGCAGUAUCAACUAUACUGUAAAAUCCAACAAUGUUCCACUGUGAUGCUCAGACCGGCAGUUUAGGUCCUGCUUUAAAGACACCCUCACAUACACAUACACACACACACACACACGCACGCGCGGUUCAGCGAUGUUACAAGUUCUGUGUGUAGGAUCAGUUUGCCCUUUAGCUCUGAUCUGUGGCCAGUUUUGCACUUUUCCCUCCGAUGCUUAACCUUGUAAUAAAGGGGCAUGGAAGCUGAAACGAAACAUCACUCAAGGAAAACUUCACCUCAGAGAUCUCCUGUGUCUGUAAUGGAAAUUAUACUGUCAUUUAUAUAUCACUACUUAUUUUAAUUGGCUUUACCAAGAACUAUAUUUUGUUGCUUUUUGUCUCUUGAAUGUGCAAGUCAUGCCUCUAUGUUAUGUUUCAUUUCUUAAAUGUUUGAACACUCAGAUCUACAACUAAAAUUUUCUUUGUUCCUUCAGUGUUGACCUUGCAAUUUGGUCUUUCUUUGUCUGGGAACAGUGUAAUUUAUUUGCAAGUAAUGCUUUGUUUCUCUAUGCCUGUCAUAUAUUUUCUGUCUUUCUGAACACUGUACAGGUAGGGUUUGUUUGGUGUGCUUUAAAUACCUUCCAAGGUAAUGAAGAAACACUUAAAUGCCAAAACUCUCUGCCCCUGUCUUAUCUACUGCAUGUUUAUCUUUACACAAUGUCUAAUCAUGCCAUCAAUGUGUGUGCGUGUGUGUGUGUAUAUGUGUGCGUGUGUGUGUGAUAAGAUAUGUGUAUAUAUACACCAAACCCAAAUAUAUAGCUUAAAUGAAUAGUGAAUAAAGCAAAU